GUGUUUCUCAAGUGCUUAAGAACCAUGAAUGAUGCGAGGAGUAAGUGAGACAUAAUUCUGGAAACACUAAGGUCACCAAAAUUAUUUGUGGAGUCAGAUAUUAAUUAGGCAAGUUUAGAGUGGAGGGGUGGUAUUGAAUGCUCGUCAGUGUUCCACAGUUCCGUCAGCUGGAAGGUAGGAGAUAUCACCAUGGCAGAUGCAGCACCCGACAAGAAAGAAAAAAAGAAGAAAGAAAAGCCUUCAGAAGGUGAAAAGAAAGCAAAAAAGUCUUCACUGAAAAAAGAAAAAGUCCAGGAAGAACCCAAAACCAACGAAGCUCGACCGGAAGAAAAGACACCAACCGAGGCCCAAGAAGUAAAGCAAAUAGAAUUAGAGGAACCUCCUAAACCAGAGGUCAACCAACCAGCUCAGGAACAACCGAUGCAAGACCCUACAAGUCAUGACGAAGAACCAAAGCCUAAACCACGGAGAAAACCAUCAAAAAGAAGUCUGGAGCUUGAAAUAGAUGAUGAAAAACUUAACCAGCUGAAAGAGGCAUUCCAGAUAUUUGACUUUGACCGUGAUGGUGUGAUAGACAAAGAAGACUUGCGAAAGUCGUUAAUUGCCAUGGGACAGGAAAUCCAGGACAUUGAUGAGGAAGAGCUUGAUAAAAUGAUGUCUGAGGCUUGCCAGCCAUUAGACUUUGACGCCUUCAUAAUGCUGCUGGGUUACCGGACUAUAGAGCUGGAUUCUGAGGAGGUGCUGAGAGAUGCAUUAUCCCGCUGGGAUUACGACGGCUCUGGACUUAUAUCAGAGGAAAAGUUUCGUCAUGAUUUGAUGCACUUGGGGGAUAAAUUCUCAGCAAAGGAGGUGGAUAUGGCAUUGGAGGAUGCACCAGUCACCAAGGGCAUGGGCUUCUACAAAGACAUCCGCAUGAUCGACUAUGGCAAGUACUGUCACAUCUUGUGUGGACUGCGCAAGAAAAAGCAAGACCCCUCUCUGGAAGAGUAUGGUCUAGACGUGUCUGUUUGAACAACCAACAUUUCACAUAAGAAUUUUUUACAAAACUAACACUUUUUCUAACAGCAAAAACCAUACUUGAAGUGUUUGGGUGUAUUCAUAGAUUGAUUUGAAGUGGGAAGCAGCAGAGAAGUGUUUUUGGAACUCCCUGUUGUAAAACAUUUUUUUUUUUAAAUAUCCAAUAAAUUUUAAUUGAUUGAACAUCCAUUAGUUAUAUUGUGUUGGUAAGUCAAUCAAACAUCACCAGGGCGAAGUGGAGGUUUUAUAGAGGAAGGGAAGGAGAAUUAUUUUGUAGUUACGUUACCUCAAUUUAACUAAACAAAUUACUGCAUGUAUGUAUUUCUAUGAUUGUCACAACAAUAGGUACAAGUACCAAGUAAAAAUAUUUUUAUGCGGUUUUGAUUUUUAAUAAAUAAUAACAUAUGUAUAUUUUAAAA